CAAGUGCAACCUGCAGUCGCAUUUGUUGCCGUUGUUGUUUUACUUUUUCGUUGUCAAUUUUCGAGGUGCUUUAAAAAUGUUUUCACUUUCUCGCCACGCACUGUGGGCACGAAAUUUCGCACUUAUUACUAACAAGCAGAGGUGCAACGUGAAUCAAUUGAAAGCAGGAGCCAGCGCUGUCUCUGCACUUCCAUACGUGCGUGCCUUUGCAGAAUCACGUCAAGGCGACAACAGUAACAGAAACAGCAAUAGCAACAAGAACAACAGCAACGCGACAAAUUCCAGCAUGGAGAAUAAAAGCGAAAAGAUUACGGUAAACAAAGAGGAACUGCGCAAACGUCUAACGCCGCUGCAGUAUCAGGUUACACAAGAAGCGGGCACCGAGCGCCCUUUCACAGGAUGUUACAACAAGAACUAUGAGAAGGGAGUGUAUCAGUGUAUUGUCUGUCAUCAGGACUUGUUUAGCUCGGAUACCAAAUACGAUUCGGGCUGCGGCUGGCCAGCGUUCAACGAUGUGCUUGAUAAGGGCAAAGUCACCUUGCAUCGUGAUGCCAGUAUACCAGGGAUGGUUCGCACCGAGGUGCGCUGCUCCAAGUGCUCGGCUCACAUGGGUCAUGUGUUCGAUGAUGGACCUCCACCGAAGCAUCGACGCUUCUGCAUCAACUCGGCAUCGAUUGAUUUUGUGAAAAGUCAACCACCAGCAGCAACGACAACAUCGUCCAAGAAAUAAUGAUAUUGAGAGAUCUAUGCACACAAAAUGCAAAAAAGAAAAACCAAAAAAGACAACAAAUUAUAUGUUAAGUUGAAGUACAUCUAGUACAUGCAUAUAUUACCAAUAUUAUAGGACUUUAUUUACAUAUGCUAAAAAAAAAAACAAAUACUCAUUAUAUAUAUUGUUGGUAUGUUUAUAGCGCCGAUUUGUGAUUUGAGGCUUGGCAUAAAGUAUUAAGACCCCAUUUAACAAAAAUUUCAUUUAUGUUGUAGGAAAAGGUGCAUAAGCCAGAAUUUAUUUUAUUUUUCUCAUUAUUCAAUUACUUUUUUAAUUACGGUUUCGAAACAUUUUACUCGAGCUUUCCAAGUUCCAUAAACAAUUCUAAUCAUAAAGCACGCAUAACUUGAUCAACUACUUUAAUUUAUUGCAAACAAUUCAUCAACAUUCAUUGUAUAUAUAUAUUUAUUAUACUCUAUGUAUUUAUGUACCAAAGCUAAAUAGCUGGUCGCAUUGCUUUGUUUCGCUUUUUAUUUAAUUUUAACACAUUUGUUGAUAUUUUUUAAUAUGCCUUACGAUGGUUUCUUAUUUAUUUUUGUUUGGUAUUUAUUCAUAUUUAUAUUUGAUGUAUUACAUUGCAAGACGUUUUGUAGCCGAUCCAUAUAUUGUCCAACAAACUGAAUAAUGUAUACUUUUCAUAUAUUUUUCUAUUUCUCUUUUUUUAACUCGCUUCGAAAAAAAAACAAAACAAAACCAAUACUUUAUAUACCGCCUGUAAACGUUCUUUGGGGGUUUGUUUUGCUAACAAAACACUCAAACACACACACUUACACACACACACACCUACACACACACACACCUACACACACUCAUCGAAACACACUCAAAAUCAUUGUUAAAACCGUAAACUAUAAUGUAAAACACACAAUGCAUAAAAUGGCUUAUUAACUACAAAUAUAAAAACAUUAUUUUUACAAUUCCAAUAUAAAAUGUAUAUCACAACUAAAUCGUUCGCAAAAAAAUAUCAUCUUUAUAUUGAUUUCUUCAUUUAUCGACCGACGCUGUCUACUGUUAUUUUUCGCUCUUCUCUUGCUAUCGCUAUUUGUGUCUAUCCUUGAUGCAAUCGCAACUUUACAUUCCCAUCUGGCAACAUUUGUCUCGCUGUCUCUUGCACAAUUACAUUUUUGCCUUUACGUUUUCUGUUUCUCAUAUUGCUUGGAUCAACUAUCAAUUCACUCUCUCUUUUGUGUUGCGUAUACUCCUUUGCAUAUUAUCCUCUCUCACGAAAUCUCGCUCUCUGUCUGCUUAUCAUUUCACCUAUUUUUUUAUAUUUAUUUUAUAAUUUUCAAUACUAUCUUAAUCUGAACAAACUCAAUGAAAUGCAAAUAUCAAUGAUUGUAAAUUCCAACAAACCACAAUGAAAACGUAAUCUGCUCUAUGCAACAUAAACAAAUACAAAAAUUAAAAAAAAAUGAACGAACAUACGUACCCAAUUAAUCUCACAUCUGCAAAAAAUA